UUGAUGACGCGAGAACAAAGCGUUUAAUUCGGCGAAGCAUGGCUACGGUGCAAAUCUGUGAAGCGGAAAAAGUGUAUAUAAUGCACGGUGUGCGGGAUGAUCUGCGAAUCGAUGGCCGAGCCUGUGAUGACUACCGGCACAUGGAGGUAGAAACAGACGUGGUUUCCAACACAGACGGCUCGGCCAGGGUAAAAAUGGGGGACACGGACAUCCUUGUGGGAAUCAAAGCAGAGAUGGGCAGACCGAGGCCUCUGAUUCCGGAUGAAGGAUACCUGGAGUUCUUCGUUGACUGUUCAGCAAAUGCAACCCCAGAGUUUGAAGGCCGAGGUGGCGAGGAACUGGGCUCUGAAAUCAGCAGCACCUUGUACAAGAUGUUCCAGAACAGGAGCAGCCUUGACCUGCGAGCCCUGUGCAUUGUCCCCAGGGAACACUGCUGGGUGCUCUACGUUGAUGUGCUGUUGCUUCAGUGUGAUGGGAACUUGCUGGAUGCCACCUCCAUAGCAGUCAAGGCUGCACUCUUCAGCACACGGAUCCCCAAAGUCCACGUCUCAGAGGAUGACGAAGGGGGCAAGGAACUGGAGAUCUCUGAUGACCCGUACGAUUGCAUGAGGCUGCAGGUGGAGGAUGUGCCCUGCAUCGUGACUCUCUCUAAGAUUGGCCACAGACAUGUGGUGGAUGCCACUCUACAGGAGGCGGCUUGUUCCAUGGCCAGCUUGAUAAUUGCUGUCACCCACAAAGGGAAUGUCACCUGUGUCAGAAAGGUGGGGGGAGGGAGCCUGGAUCCAGAGAGCAUCUUUGAAAUGACAGAGACAGGGAAGCGGGUGGGGAAGGCCCUCCAUGCGCCACUGAUGAAGCUCCUACAGGAGGAGGAGGUUCUGGGGAAGAGAAGGCAGAAGGUUGGGUUCCUGGGCUGACCUGCCUUUGGUCCUUUUACAUGUCACAUUUUAAAAUAAAUUUUCCUGUGUAAAGACUGGUUUUUAAUUUAUUUUUAAACUGUUUGUCACAGUCAUCUGGUGAAAAAUGCUUUUCUUAUUAAUAUAAAUUGUUCAUCAUUCUUCUAGCUUAAUGUA